AUGAGUUACAGCAAGAAGGAUGAAGAUGCCGACCAAGCAAUCGUCAAGGUCGACAGGACCGCUGUCUUUCAAGAGGCUCGCCUGUUCAACUACUCCCCUAUAUCUCCUAGGAAAUGUCGAAUACUUCUUACCAAGAUCGCCUUGCUCCUAUUUACCGGGGAGACGUUUCCGUCGAACGAAGCUACAGACCUUUUCUUCGGUAUCUCGAAGCUCUUUCAGAACAAGGAUCCCUCUCUUCGCCAGAUGAUGUACCUCAUAUUCAAAGAGCUGGCAAGUUCUGCGUCGGAUGUUAUCAUGGUGACGCAGAGUAUUAUGAAAGACACGGCAGAAAAGAGCGACGUUCUCUACAAGGCAAACGCGAUCCGAGCAUUGUGCAGAGUUAUAGACGCAACCACCGUACAAGCAAUUGAACGGUCGAUCAAGAACGCUAUCGUCGAUAAGAGUCCUUCUGUAUCCUCCGCUGCCCUGGUUUCCUCGUACCAUCUGCUUCCAAUCGCUCGGGACCUGGUCAGAAGGUGGCAGAGUGAGACACAAGAAGCAGCAUCCUCGUCGAAGUCAUCAAGCGGCUUUUCUCUUGGCUUCUCGACAUCUGGAAGCCCGCAAGCACUACAACCGAGUACGCACUUUAUGAACCAGUAUCAUGCUAUUGGGCUGUUGUACCAGAUGAGAUCACACGACCGCAUGGCCUUGGUGAAAAUGGUCCAACAAUUUGGCACCCCUGGCGUUGUAAAAAGUCCCGCUGGCACAAUCUUGCUGGUCAGAUUGGCUGCCAAAUUAAUAGAAGACGACUCAAGCUUGAGGAGACCCAUGAUGCAACUCCUUGAUGGCUGGCUUCGACACAAGGCUGAGAUGGUCAACUUCGAGGCCGCCAAAGCCAUCUGUAAUCUUCGGGAUGUCACUGAUGCAGAAAUGACCCAAGCCAUCCAUACUCUCCAACUUUUCCUAACUUCUCCUCGAGCUGUCACCAAGUUUGCUGCCAUAAGAAUUCUACACAAUGUCGCCUCAUUCAAGCCGCAAGCCGUUCAAUCAUGCAAUCCUGACAUCGAGACUUUAAUCUCUAACACAAACCGGUCAAUUGCUACCUUCGCUAUCACGACUCUCCUCAAGACGGGAAACGAAGGCAGCGUGGAUCGACUAAUGAAACAGAUAUCUAGCUUUAUGGCAGAUAUCACGGACGAAUUCAAAAUUACGAUCGUUGAAGCCAUAAGGACCCUAUGUUUGAAGUUCCCCAGCAAGCAGGCUGGCAUGCUGACCUUCCUGAGUGGUAUACUGCGGGACGAGGGAGGCUAUGACUUCAAGAGGAGUGUUGUGGAGAGCAUGUUUGACCUGAUCAAGUUUGUACCAGGUAGCAAGGAAGAUGCCUUGGCUCAUCUGUGCGAGUUCAUCGAGGAUUGCGAAUUUACUAAGCUGGCAGUUCGAAUAUUGCAUCUGCUAGGUGUGGAAGGCCCUAAAACUCCGCAUCCGACGAAGUACAUCCGGUACAUCUACAACCGCGUCGUCUUAGAGAAUGCCUUGGUCAGGGCCGCAGCAGUCACAGCGCUCGCAAAGUUUGGUGUUGGCCAGAAGGAUCCUGAGGUCAAGCGCAGCGUCACUGUUCUACUCACUAGGUGCCUUGACGACAUUGAUGACGAAGUUCGUGAUCGUGCGGCUCUAAACCUGAGAUUGAUGACCGAGGAAGAUGAGAUGGCGAACCGAUUCAUCAAGAAUGACUCGAUGUUUUCCUUGUCAACUUUCGAGCACCAACUCGUCAUGUAUGUGACUGCGGAUGAUAAGGCUACUUUUGCCACGGCGUUCGACAUGUCCACCAUUCCCGUUGUCAGUCACGAACAAGCACUGGCUGAAGAACGGACGAAAAAGUUGACAUCAGCAACACCAACACUAAAAGCCCCAAGCACAGGUCCAAAGAAAGCGCAAGUCAAUGGCACAUCCGACAGUGCCGCUGCCGCCCUCGCCAAUGCACAGAAACAUUCGCAGCAACUGAUGCAGAUACCAGAGCUCAAAGCGCAUGGCGCCCUGCUCAGGUCGUCGCCUCCUGUCGAGCUUACGGAAACGGAGACAGAAUACGUUGUCAGCGUUAUUAAGCACAUAUACAAAGAGCAUCUUGUCCUGCAGUAUGAGAUCAAAAACACCAUGACCGAUACCGUGUUAGAAGAGGUCUCCGUCGUUGCCACACCGGCCGAAGAUGAAGAAUCAUUGGAGGAAGACUUCACCAUCCCCGUCGCCAAGCUGGCCACGGACCAGCCUGGCACGGUUUUCGUGAGCUUCAAGAAAUCCAGCGACGUCGCGUAUCCCGUCACAUCUUUCACCAACGUCCUUAAAUUCACAAGCAAGGAGAUUGAUCCUACCACUGGGGAGCCAGACGAGAGCGGCUACGAGGAUGAGUACCAAGUCGAAGAUUUGGAGCUCUUAGGCAGCGACUACGUCACGCCCGCAUUCGCUGGUAGCUUCGACCAUGCAUGGGAGCAAACCGGCGCGAAUGGCGAGGAGGCCUCCGAAACGCUACAAUUGAGUAGUGCUAAGAGCAUAGCAGAUGCCACAGAACAGCUCACGAAAGCGCUCUCUCUCCAGCCGCUCGAUGGUACGGACGUCACUCUCUCGACCAGCACGCACACCCUCAAGCUGUACGGCAAGACCCUCGGUGGAGGCAAAGUUGCGGCUCUGGUGAAGAUGGCUUUUUCGGCGAAGAGUGGCGUAACGACAAAGAUAACAUUAAGAAGCGAGGAGGAGGGCGUUGCUGCUUUGCUUGUUGGAAGCGUGUCUUAG